UGUGGAUGUAAUUCCAGCUCAACGGUAUUAUGUUUCGACAGAGGUGACCGACCGACAAUCUUUCGCCUCACACAAAAAAAGUAAAGCACCACCGUACACUGCGCUGCACUGCACUGCAUGGUUGGAGACAAGCAAGAGCAAGAUGAUGACCCAUCGAACCCCCAGCGACAAAGAGCAACCCUCGACUCUGAUGAGUGCUAUGAGUACUAGUACUAGUCCUACUCGUAGCAAUGGCGAGACAUCGCAUGGCGUGGACGCCAACGUGGACGUGGACGAAAGCUCUGACUAUGGCAUUGAGCUCAAGCCGUUGGUUCACGGUCUCGACGGCGAGUCUUCUACAUGUGCUACAGGUGUGGAAAUGGGACUGGAUGGUAGUGGUAGUGGUAGUGCAUGUACUAGUAGUCCACGACGCCGUUCCUGCAAUGCUACUAGUAGUGCCAAUGGCGGAAUCACUACUGGAAGCCACGCCAGUGCUACAGCGGCAGUGGGCACCGCGUCCAAUGCGCAAGUGGCCGUCAACAUUUUCAUCAGUUUUGUGGGCGCGGGACUCUUAGGUCAGCCGUUUGCUUUUUCAAAAGCUGGCUGGUUGCUGGGCACUAUUGCCGUCAUUGCCGUAUCAGCUGCCAAUGUAUACGCCAUGCUCUUGCUGGUACAAAUACGCAAGUACCUAGAACACCAAGACCAAUUCCUCAAGGGAACCAUCAAGGGCUAUGGCUGUAUUGGAAGAGUCGUCAGUGGAACCACUGGAGAAAAUUUCGUCAAUAUAUGUCUCGUCAUUAGUCAGGUAGGAUUCGCUACCGCAUACAUCAUCUUCAUCGCCGCAAACAUCACCACGGUUUUCCCAGCCAUUCACAGAUCAUACAUUUGCUUUGGAUGUGUACCCAUCCUAUGUAUCCUAGUGCAAGUACAAGACAUGAAAACACUCAGUCCAUUCUCACUCAUUGCUGAUGUCGCCAAUAUACUCGGACUCAGUGCCGUGCUCUUCCAAGACUAUGAAUACUACGAAUACCAUCAUGAAGUCAUACACGCUGCUACCAAUUUCAAAGGAUUCAUAUACGUCGCUUCCGUCGCCAUCUACUCACUUGAGGGAGUUAACCUCGUUUUGCCACUCGAAUCCUCAUGUGCCGACAGAAAAGGAUUUCCAAAAUUACUCAUGCAAGUCAUUACGGGAAUUUCAAUACUCAUGGUCGCUUUCGGAUCCGCUGGAUACAUUGCCUUUGGAUCCAAAACAGAGGCACCUGUUACACUCAAUCUACCUCCAGAUGGACCUUGGGGAAAUUUUGUUAAGGUUGCUCUAUCACUCGCACUAUACUUGACAUAUCCCGUCAUGAUGUUCCCCGUGGGACAUGUACUCGAAGAUCAACUACAAUUAUUUCGACAAUACAGUGUCACCACACGGGCAUUGGUGGUAUUCCUCACAUCUGUCGUGGCAUGGGCCAUUCCCAGUUUUGGUAAAUUUCUAGGGUUGGUUGGAUCAUCCAUCUGCAUGAUCCUAGGAUUCAUUCUGCCGUGUUACUUUCAUCUCAGAGUAUUUGAUCCGAACGAUCUCUCCAAGACAGAAUUGUUUAUGGAUUAUGCACUCAUUGUCGUGGGAACCAUCAUGGGCGUCAUUGGAACAUACAACUCAUUCAUGGAUCUUCUUGAAGGAAAUGAUGUUUAAAUUAUUACUAAUUAAAAUUGUAAAAAGCAUAAUAAUAAUACUUUUAGACAGUACCGG